AUGGACAUCGGUGGCUUGGAGACGGUGGUGGCCAACUCGGCCUAUGUGGCAGCCCGUGGCAGCGUGGACGGCAACGCGGCUGCCACCAUGCGCGACAAGAAGAUGCGUGCCAGGCUGAAGCUGCCUCACAUCAAGCAGUGCGAGCACAUGAAGGCCACGGUGGACUCGGCCUUCGACAGCAUGUGCGUCCGGCAGCCCAUCGGCAAGCGUCUCUUCCAGCAGUACCUGGAGAGCGAACCCACCCACAAGACCGCCUGCGAGCUGUGGAAGGACAUGGAGGACUACAACAUCUCUGAGGAGAAGGCCCGCACGCAGAAGGCCCAGAAGAUCGUCAACAAGUACUAUGACUCCGCCUCCAAGACCUUCUGCAGCUUCCUGGAGGAGAAGGCCGUCGCCCGGGUCAAGGCCGACCACAAAAACAUCCGGAACGACCUCUUCAAGGAGUCCGAGCAGCAGCUUCUCAAGCACCUGGAGGCCAAGGCCCUGGAUGGCUUCAAGAAGAGCAUGUACUUCCUGCGCUACGUGCAGUUCAAAUGGCUGGAAGGCCAGUCAGUCACCGAGGAGUGGUUCAUGGACUUCCGUGUGCUGGGCAAAGGAGGGUUCGGGGAGGUGCACGCCUGCCAGAUGAAGGCCACGGGCAAGAUGUAUGCCAACAAGAAGCUCAACAAGAAGAGACUGAAGAAACGCAAGGGCUAUGAGGGGGCAAUCAUUGAGAAGAGGAUCCUGGCAAAGGUCCACAGCCGCUUUAUCGUGACGCUGGCAUACGCCUUCCAGACCAAGAAUGACCUCUGCCUGGUCAUGACCAUCAUGAACGGAGGAGACCUCAGGUACCACAUGUACAAUGUGGAUGAGAAGAACCCGGGCUUCAAGGAGCCCCGAGCCUGCUUCUACACAGCCCAGAUCAUCUGUGGCCUGGAGCACCUCCACCAGCACAGGAUCAUCUACAGGGACCUGAAGCCGGAGAACGUCCUGCUGGAUGAUGCGGGACAUGUCAGAUUGUCCGAUCUGGGUCUCGCUGUGGAGCUGCCGCCGGGGAAAGACAAAACGAAAGGCUACGCAGGGACCCCGGGCUUCAUGGCUCCAGAGCUGCUGCAGAGCAAAGAGUACGACUACACCGUGGACUACUUCACCCUGGGGGUGACGCUGUACGAGAUGAUCGCGGCCAAGGGGCCUUUCAGGACUCGUGGCGAAAAGGUGGAGAACACGGAGGUGACCCGGCGGAUCCUGAAUGACCCGCCCUCAUACACUGACAGCUUCAGCAAGGACUGCAAGGCCCUGUGCGAGGGGCUUCUGGAGAAGGACCCCGCCAAACGCCUCGGCUUCAAAAACAACAGCUGUGAGGAGCUGAAGAAUCAGCCAUUCUUCAAGAACCUCAACUGGGGCCGGCUAGAAGCAGGCAUGCUGACGCCCCCCUUCGUACCCGACCCCAAGAUGGUGUACGCCAAGAACAUUGAUGACGUGGGAGCCUUCAGCACUAUCAAGGGCGUGGUUCUGGACAACAAGGACACAGAUUUCUACAGCGAGUUCGCUUCCGGAAACAUCCCCAUCCCCUGGCAGGAGGAGAUGAUCGAGACAGGCGUGUUCGGCGAGCUCAACAUCUGGGGGGAGAAGGGCAAGCUGCCGCCCGACCUCGACCCCAACGUAGACCCCAGCGCCGUGGAGGCCAAAGGCGGGGCAUGUGUCCUGCUCUGA